UUGAUAGCAUAGAGAGAGAGAGAGAGAGAGAGAGAGAGAGAGAGAGAGAGAGAGCACGUUCUAGAACUUUUUAACGGCCGGCAGAAAAGCCUCUCAGGAUGAGAUAAAUAUGCUCUAAAUUCAGUUGCAUCGAACAUCUAUCCACCACUGGCAGUCAUCAGACAACUUAUUUGCCUCAUUCAAAGUAAGGUUUCUGGGUAUAAAUCUGCAGGGGCUUCAUCAUGGUGCCGGAGAAGAAUGAUGGGAUAAACAACGACAUGAGCCUUCCACCAAAUCAGCAGAACAGACCCGCUCUAUCGUGGGAAUCAAAGAUCCUGAAAACGGUGCCUUUGCCUUCCUUCCUGGGAAAUUUGAGACCAGUUAUGGGCCAUUGCUGCAACCAGUGCACCCCAGACUGUUUGAGCAAGAAGGUUGGACCAAACUUCUUUAGUGGCUAUCGCAACCUGCUGAAUAUCAAUGAAACCCAAACCAAAUGCAGAGGCUGGCUGGUGCGAAGGGUGUGCUGUGUCUUGUUUGUGAGUGGGUGCAAGGUUUAUGGGAGUCCUGUUAGCGACAGGUUGGAGAGAGUCUGUCAAAGCAACAGGGUGAAGGAGGUGCUGGCAGCAGACCAGAAAGCACUGGAAGGGAAAGAUGGCCAAGGGCAGCUCAGUCUCCUCUCACCCUUCCAACCCCUCAUCAAUACCUGCAUCUCCACUGGGCUAUUAAGAUUCACAAGCUGGGUGAUGCUGAAGAUAUGGGCAUCUGUGUUUGGAAUUGUCCAGGUUAACCUCAAUCAUCUGCCAGCUAUAAGCAAAGCAUCACAAGAGGGAGCUCCAGUAGUUUAUGUGUAUGUGCGUCAGAGAGCCGUGGACUGUGCCCUCCUCCCUCUCGUGCUCUUCUGUCACAACCUGAGAGUACCAUUCACCAUUUGUCCUGUCCAGAUUAAAAGCUACUUCCUAAGAUCAGUCCUGCAGAAACUCGGUGUGGUCCUUCUACCACCUUCUGCGCUGACUGAAGUGGAAGCUGAAAGGGACCCUCUGUAUUCUGUAGUCAUGACCUCUCUGCUACGGGAGCUGCUCCAUGAGGGUCAGGCGUUAAGUGUCGGUGUGUCAGCAGAGUCUGGCUUAGGUGGCCAGUGGCUGGCUCGCAUCAGGCAGCUCAUCAAAGAGGGAUCUGUUGCUGAUGUCACUCUGGUCCCUGUGGGCAUCUCGUAUGACCGUGUGACCAACGCCAACGUACAGGUUGGCUCGAGAUCUGCGUUGAAGUGGCUGCUGUCUCUUCUCUGGAAGGAACCAGAAGGGAGUGUGGUGAUCCAUUUUGCCCAUCCCUUUUCUCUUAAGGAGAUGUGUGAGUCAGAGAGGUGCAAAGUAGAAGAAUGGCUCCCUCUACAGGACUUGUUGCUGCCUGUUAUCUUCAACAACAGAGCUCACUGUGUGUUUGGGAAGAGAGAGAUGUUGUGGCUCCUACCAUCAUCUGGACAUGAGAAGAAUCCUGCCGAGAGAGACCUCAGCAUCGCCAUCAUCCUCCAUCUAAUCUUCUUAACAACGUCCUGCUUGGCUGGGAUGUCCACCAGUCUUGUUUCCAGUCUUUUGCUGAACAAACAUCGUAAGGGUGUGAGUGCAUCUGUCCUGUGUCGUGAUGUUGUUUGGCUCACGGAGGAGCUCCUCUUCAGAAAAAGAGAUGUUGGAUUUGGGGGACGUGUACCAGAGGUGGUCCACUAUGCCCUGUGUCAGCUUACUCCUCAUCUCAUCUUUGCUACGUUGCCAUCCAGAGAAGAGCCUUUUAUCGUGGCUCGUCCUUCGUUGGCCUCCACUCUUCACCUCUCCCUCCAGGCCCGGUCGGUCUUACACGCAUUUCUAGUUGAAGCUGUUGGAGCGUGCGCAACGUCGGCCAUGCUCAGGGAGGUGGUCAACGCCGGCCUUGGCAGCAGAGUCAGGACCGACAGCGUGAAGGAAGAAAAGGUCGAAGGUGACAUGGAGUUUGAUGUGGUGUUUGGUCAGUCUGAGCUGAUGGAGAAAGCCCUGCAGCUUUGCCAUCUCUUGCCUCCGGGCGUUAUGCCACCAUGUCAGUCCUCCCAGAGUUUUGCUCUGGAUGCCGUUGACAGUCUGGUUCGUUGUGGCAUCCUGAUCAUGGAGGAAAUUCCCAAAGAUAUUCCCAUCUGUGAUUUUAUGAAGCGGGAUGGCGCUCUGACCUGGGCCACCUCUGACGACCCUUAUCCCAGCGACUCUGACUGCGAGGAGCAAGACCCGUGCUCGUACAAGAUAAGCCAGCCGAGCCAGUGUCCAGACUUGCUCGUUUUCCUCUGCAGUAUGUUGUCUGGACAUCUGAGGGCGCUCUGCUGGACCACCAUGGCACUGGACCUGAUUGCCGCUCCUCUGCCUGAGGCAGAGUUCAUAUCUCGGAUACACUCCCAUCUUUGUGACACAGCAAAUCAGAAGAAACGGCACUAUGAGAGCUGCUCCGAGGAGGCGGCAUACACUGCAGUUAGAACACUAAUAGACCUCGGGGUCCUUUUGGAGACCCGUCAGAUGGGAGGCGACUUGUUGGGUGUGAGUCCUUUGUUCCAGUCGUCAGAGAACAGAGCGAAGCUGCACAGCUUCAUCUCGCAGUACCUCUUCAAUUAAUGCUAUGUUGAAACAUCCACAGUCUGGUGAACCACAAACUGUCCAAAGAAAUCACCAGGUCUCAUUUGUCGGGUUAAAGUUAAACAAGAUAACGGCUGCUUCAGAAUCCUGUUAGUCCAAAUCAGCUCAGCAUUCAGUACGUCGUCCCCAUGCUGCUAAUGAGUAAACCGGGCUGUCUGAAGGCGCUGCCGACAGGAGAUGAUGCCACAACCUGCUGUUCGCUUCAGAUUUAAGGGACUGAUCUGUGGCACUUUGGCUGUGUUGGAUGUGUCGCUGAACUCUUGUUACCACAAAAGUCCAUCACAGCCUUCUGCUAUCUCAUCCAGUCAAAGUCGUGGAAGUGCGUUUUCGACUUUUCUCCAGAAACUGUCUCUCUACAAGGAGAUGAAGUACAGACAUCCACGAGAUUCAUCAGAGUAAACCACAGAAAUAAAUGUGCUCUUCUGGAGUCGAGGAUAAUGAAUGAAAAGCAGAAACUGGAUGUUUUUAUUACCGUUUUAUUUAUCUGGGCUGUGGAUUUCAGGAGGAAGGAAAACAAAACUCCUCUAUUGUAGAUGAUAAACUACUCGUUCUACAAGAGAACUGAUGACUGAAUAAACCAAAACGUCUCUUGCUCUUUUUCUGUUGUCUCCGUCUUAUUGUUCUUCCACUGCGUCAUACAUCAAGCAUGCAGACUAAACAUUUAUUCUACCUUUAUAUUUAUUUUUCUGACCUAAAUAUUUAAGUUCAUGCAAUAAAAAUCAGUUUUAAAGUGCUCAUAAACAUAUUUCAUAUUUGUUGGAUCAAAUCUGGUCAAAGAACUAAGCAUCUGAUAUUUGGCGUUGUGCUACAGUGCCCCCUGGUGGUCCAGCUUCAUCAUUGCACCUGAAAUUAGACGCAGGCUUUUUAUUUGAACUUUUUUU